ACAACACUUCGCCUUACUAAGAACUACCUACAUUAAUGAUAAUGAGCAAACUAGAUGCGAUAAACACGCUUAACAUCAAAACAAAACAACCUUAAUCACUCUUAUCUCUACUAAAAUCUCUCUUAAUUAACUUGUGUGAAAAAGACCAAGUGAUUAUCUAAUGACCGUCUACAUUUAAAAUCAGAUCUUUAUUUAAACAUCAGUCAGUGAAUGUCUUUAGCAGACAUGACAUCAUUGAUCGAUGCUGACGCGAUUCUAUCAGGAAGCGAGCAGUGGCUCCAACUGGACCAAAAAUGGGGGACACCGGUCGAUUUGGACACAGAAGAUGACGGACCAAGACUCAAAACUGUCUUCAGCACCUUAGACUUGAAGAAAUCUACCUUCGACUCAUCGUUUCUAUUCAAACGGAGGAAACUCGGAAGAAAUCCAUCUAAAAAGUCCAUGGACUACAAGGAAUUUCUUCAAGAUUUAAACGACGCACCAAGAAAUACGCCAGAUAAACAGUUUUACUUCGUCAGCGGGCAGAUUCUUUCAGCCAUUUCCGUCGAAGAGAUCUGUGAAGAUAUAGACGACAUUUUCAAGUCAAUGGAUAAGCUUUGCUCGGCGACUAGCACCGUUAGAAUCAACAAAAAACAAAAACCAGGUAUGCCUGACAUUGUGCAGUGCAGUAUAUCGACAAACGGUCUCUCAUUCGAUGAUACAGUGGUAAACGCAAGCGAAAAGGAAAAGGCGGAUAGUGACGACGUCUCAGGCUAUAUUGAUGAGGUAUUUGGACAUUUAGAUUCAUUCAGUGAAAGGUCGUCUAAGGAAUCGGUAACAACUUUAGUAAGGAGGUUCACUAGUAUGUUAAAGAGUCCGGUCAAGUGUAGUCCGAGGAAGCGAAGGCAGUGCGGUGAUAAGUUUAAGGAUUUAACUGAGUUUUGGCAAGCUCAGUCUAAUGGAGCUGGUACAAUGCAUGGCUCUUAAGAUUUACUUAUGUUUUGAUUAAAAUAUUGUUUUAUUUAAUAAAUAU